UUAGAAACAGUUCAGAGUCUGGGGGCCAACUAUGACCAGGAGGCAAACGUCUGGUGCUACCAAGGAAAAAUUCUGUUGCCCCAAGGGGCCGCUAAGGAACUUUUGUCACAACUACAUCAAUGGGCCCAUCUCGGGCACAUAAAGCUAAAAACCCUUCUACAACAGGAAGAACAAACCUACUAUAUCCACAACCUCAAUGCCCUCAUCCAACAGAUCACCAGCACCUGUACCCCCUGUGCAAAGGUGAAUGCAGGACGGCUCAAGCUGCCUGAGGGAACCAGGGUUAGAGGAAAAUGGCCAGGGACCAACUGGGAAGUUGAUUUCACCGAAAUCAGACCUGGUAGCUUUGGGAACAGGUACCUCCUGGUUUUUACAGACACCUUUUCAGGAUGGACUGAGGCUUUUCCUACUAAGCAUGAGACCGCCCAGGUGGUGGUCAAGAAGAUUCUUGAAGAGAUGUUCCUGAGGUUCGGACUGCCUACGGUAAUAGGGUCCGAUAACGGACCUGCCUUUGUCUCCCAGGACCGACUACACGCACUCCAGAUUAUUCAAAACCAGAUCUGGAAACCAUUGGCUGCAGUGUACCAGGCCGGAAACCCUGCUGUACCUCACCCAUUCCAGAUUGGGGACUCCGUAUAUAUCAGACGCCACCAGUCUAAGACUCUUGAGCCUCGCUGGAAGGGCCCCUACACUGUGCUUCUGACCACCCCCAAGGCACUGAAGGUGGACGGGAUCGCAGCAUGAGUCCACGCCUCACAUGCCAAGAAGGCCAACACCAGCGAGAAUUGGGCAACAAACAAGACCCCAAAAUGGAAGCUACAGCGCACUCAAAACCUGCUCAAGAUAAGACUUUUACGCAAUGUUUGAUUAUUUCACUAUGCUCGAUGCUUUUCCAUUUCUCAGCCCUAGUUAAAGGAGCCCCACAUGCCCCCCAGCAGCUAACCUGGCAGGUGAUAUCCCAGACAGAGGAGGUCGUCUGGUCAGUCACUAGCCUCCAGCCCCCCGGUACUUGGUAGCCUACAAUCACCCCCUUUUUUUGCCACCUAGCCGCAGGUCUAGAAACCUGGGAUAUCCUGACUAUAGGGGCAAAUGAGAUGACAACCAACAUGGAUAGAGGAAACCGCCGAUUUGGCUGUAGUAAUAGGAUAACACAGUGCGAGCUA